AUGGUCUUCACUGACACAAUGAGAUUUCAGUUUAAUGUACUUUAUUCACUUAUUUUAGCUGUAUCACAAACUGAUUGGCUGAACCAGACUGUACUCAAGGAAGAUGUUUCUGCUCCAAGUAUGAAUACUUUAACACAUGAGAACCAAACCAAACCUUCUAUUUCCCAAAUCAGCACCACUCUCCCUCCCACAACUAGUACAGAAAAAAGUGGAGUGGCAUCUGUGUCCCCUCAUCCCUCGCCUACUAUUUCUCUGUCCCAAGAGGAAGCUGAUAACAAUGAAGAUCCUAACAUAGAGGAGGAGGAUCUCCUCACACUGAAUAGUUCUCCGUCCACCGCCAAAGAAACUCUGGACAAUGGAGAUUAUGGAGAACCAGACUAUGACUGGACCACCAGCCCCAGGGACGAUGAGUCAAAUGAAGCCUUGGAAGAAAACAGGGGCUACAUGGAAAUUGAACAGUCAGUGAGAUCUUUUAAGAACCCACCCUCAAAUAUAGAAGAGGAAGAUAGCCAUUUCUUUUUCCAUCUUAUUAUUUUUGCCUUUUGCAUUGCAGUUGUUUAUAUUACAUAUCACAACAAAAGGAAGAUUUUCCUUCUGGUUCAAAGCAGAAAAUGGCGUGAUGGUUUUUGUUCCAAAACAGUGGAAUAUCAUCGUCUAGACCAGAAUGUUAAUGAAGCAAUGCCUUCUCUGAAGAUUACCAAUGAUUAUAUAUUUUAAAGCACUGUGAUUUGAAUUUGCUUAUUAUGUAAUUUUAUUUGCUUGACUUUUUAUAUGAUAUUGUGCAGAUGUUUGCCAUUGGCAGUUAGUACUUAAAUGAGAGGUGAGCCUCUCUUUAUUUUGCAUCGGUGCUUUGGAAAUUAAGUAUCACAAACAAGGAGUAUAUAAUUUUUUAUCUACAUUUUUAGAGGUGAAUUCAAUCAGGUGGCCAAAAUGUGGAGCUAAGCAUUACCCGUUAGUUUUUAUUGUUUUAGAUUUCUUUAUUAUACUUCUUCUGGAAGUGUUAGUAAUACUACUUUUAAGAGAUCCCAAACUUGUAAUAAAUUCUAACAUAUCUGAUAUUGCUGACUCAGCUUCUCUUUCCACCAUCCAAAUCCUAUUUCUUAAGCACACAUUUCUUUGUGCUCCCAAACGGUAGUCUAUAAGGAUGUAUGUAAUAAUACCUUGCGUAUACGUUUUUUUUCUUCCAGGAAAAUUGCUUUGAAUAUUUUUGGAUAAUUUAUACAUAAUUUAUUAUUGCUCAUUCUGACCACAAUUUUAGGUAACAUUUUAAUAAAUAUGUCUAGAAAUUCUGGCAAUAGAGACUUUGCAAUUUACAGUGGACAUAGAUAAAAUGUUAUAGAGAUAGCAUUUUUUGUUUGAAUUACUGAAUUAAAUUUAGAGGUAGAAAUUAUGGUAAAAUAUUAAAUAUGUGUACAAUUGCUUUUAGUUAGCAAUUGAUUGUAGCACGGUUUCCUCCAAGCUUUCAAGUAAGGGGCAGAGUUUAAAAUUAUAUAUGUUCACUUGUUUAUUAUUUUAUAGGAAGUUUGAAUAAAUCUUAGGGGCCAUUAUCACUUAAGUAAUACUAUAUCUAGGUCUUUCAAAUUAAAAUUAUAUCUGAAUGAGGUUGUUUGUAUACAUAAAGGUUAUAUGUGUACACUGACUCUCCCCUUGUAGUUUUUAAAUUGUUUUUUAAUAGCAACUGGAAAUUAUUUACUGUUACUUCAUUUUACCCUUUCUGUCAUAAGCAGUUGAUCAGUAUGUAAAUAUGUGAUCUGAACCAUGUUUGACUUACAGGAAUCACCACAACAUUUUAGAAAAUGUAACGCCUAAUAUGUUAAAUACCAUUCAUGAAGCCUGAGUGAACCAGUGGGCAUGUGCUUUGUAUAGAGAUGGAAGAGGUAGGGCAGUUCAUCAUUUCUCUUGGGUGGGCAAUUUACUGUUAUAAGGAAGGGAAGCACAAUGGAAAUACACCUGAACUGUUUUAUUGCAGUAAUUUUUUUCAUAUCUGAAAUUGUAUUAUUUAAUAUUUUGAAUAAGAUUUUAAAAAAUAAAUGGCAAAGGUAUAAAUCCA